CCUCCGGCAAGCAAUCAUCAAAGGGACACGGACACCUUUUCGCCCCCUGCAAGUCAGCGUUCCAGCGUUCCAAUCAUGGAAAAUCAUUUGGGCGCUGUAGUUCUCGAAUCGGAUACCGAGGUCGUCUAUGUGGAAUAUGACAGUCCCUUUCAGCUUCCACCUCCGCCUUCCGAUGAAUGGACUCGUUUCGUUUGCAUAAGUGAUACCCAUUCGCAUACCUUUGACGUCCCAUGGGGGGACGUUCUCAUUCAUAGUGGUGAUCUCACUAAUACGGGCACCUUGAAAGAAUUCGAGAAGACCAUGGAGUGGAUCCGCUCUUUGCCUCACAGGACAAAGGUUAUUAUUGCAGGAAAUCAUGAUCUUACUCUUGACCGGCAUGAUGACUGGUAUGAGAGAAACUAUCAGGGUUGGCACAUGAAGCCGGAGAAUCUCAAACCCAUCUUCGAGCUUCUCAAAGGCCCUAAAGCGACGGAAGCAGGGAUUUUUUACCUGCAAGACGAGUCACACAUUUUCCAAGCAAAAGAUGGUGGAAGAGCCUGGAGUGUCUAUGGAUCUCCCUGGUCUCCAGAGUUCUGCGAUUGGGCCUUCAACUAUGAUCGCCGAGAUGGAAAACGCUUGAUAUCGCAGUUUCCCAAGACUGACAUCUUGCAGGCACUUACUCAUGGGCCUCCUCUGGGAAUCUUCGAUCUCACAAGCAGCUGUAUUCGUGCAGGAUGCCGGGAUCUCACCAAUCGACUGCCUUACCUUCGACCACGGAUUCACCUUUUUGGCCACAUACAUGAAGGACAUGGCGCGUACGUGCAUGAAUGGUCUUCCGGAUCUACAGAGACGCCUGAUGGUGGAGAUCGUACGGUAUUUGUUAAUGCGGCGAACUGGCCCAUGGGGAGACAUUCGUGGGGACCAAAGGGAAGAACUCCUUUUGGGGGACCUGGGUUUAGACCGAUAGUGGUGGAUUUGAAAGACUAG